GUUUACAUUUCUUGUGCCGGCAUUUGCAAAGUGCGAUUUUCUUUUCCAAUAAAAUGGAAAUUGUGUGGUCGGAUUUCAGUGAAACCUGUCCUAUACUUAAAGAAUGUUUGGACUCCACUGACUUGGCUCUUGAGGAUGUCAGCACAUUGGAUUAUAUAUAUGAAAUCCUAUGGAUGGAAAUUGGAACUUUUGUGCGCAGCAAAUUAUCGGUAAAAUUUUGGUCUUGCCUCAAUCACAAUCAAGCUAUUACAAAAUUCUACCGUGAUGGAGAAUCUUCUGAAGACGUUCAACUGCAGUACAAAUUAUUUACAAAUUUUGUUAAUGCAGUUAAAAAUCUAGAUGCUUUCUAUCAAUUCAUCAAGACCAGCUUAGAGAGAUUAGAUGCAAUACGAAAAUUGGAUCAUAAAAAGUCAAUAGAAAAGUUGAAUGAACUAUUGCGGGCAUCGUUGCUGGCUCAAUUGACUACACAUUUUAAUAAUGUGGUAUUCUCUUUCUACAGUGUUUCCUUUAGGGUUUUCUUUAAUUUACAUCAAAGUACCAGUGGAAGUCAAGACGUCGAAGAAUUAGAUGAAAGUGGCUUGUCCUGUAAGGGUUGCAAUCAGGAACUGGAGAAAUGCCAGUGUCUAACUCUGUUACAGACCAUAAAUGAGGUUAAUCAGAAGUUGUUAGAUUUGGAGUUAUUAGAUCGUCUGGCUGGACAAUCGAUGACAUUUUUGGUGCAGAUCAGAAUAAAAGAGCAUAUUAAGAACACAUGUCUUGGUGUUUUCGACAGAUCUCACUUGAAAAUUCUGCUAACGUGGCUAGAUGAAGUGGUCAUAAAAUGGUUAAUGCAAAUAUUCCAUUCUAGUCCAAAUGAUGAUGAAAUGGAUACAGAUUCUGAGACUGGUGGCAAAAAUGCAGAUGUAAUACAAAGUUUAAAGGUCAAAUUGACAUUUUAUGUCUAUGAGAAUUUUGCUCUUAGUGUUAUUAAUCAAUUCUUUAGUAUUAUUAUAGAUUUUCCUGAUUCUAUACCUGCCAUAGAAGAUCUUAAGAUUUGCAUGGAAAAAAUAAAUUUGCGUCGCCAAAUCAUUAAUACUUUGAAGACUUCUUUGGAGGCUCGUAUUUUGCAUCCCGGAGUAAAUACCAUGGACAUUUUGACGGGUUAUGUAGCCGCCAUUAAGGCCAUACGUUAUUUAGAUAACAGCGGCGUUAUAUUGGAAACUGUUACGGCUCCCAUUAAAGAGUACUUGAGAAAACGUACUGAUACCGUUAGGUGUGUAGUGACCAGUCUUACGGAAGAGGGUCCCACAGAUUUAUCUGAAGAAUUGGCCAAAGGCGAUACUGUUAAGGAAGCAGCUGGCGGCAAUGUUAAUGAUGAACUUAACAAUUGGGAGAAUUGGCAGCCAGAUCCGUUUGGACUAGAGGCAUCCAGUCUGCAAAUGCGUACUGUGAAAACUUCACGUUCGGCUGAUAUUAUAUCAAUGGUUGUGGAUAUUUAUGGCAGUAAAGAGCUGUUUAUGAGCGAAUACCGCAAUUUAUUGGCGGAUCGUUUGUUGACUCAGCUAGAAUUUAAUCCCGAAAAGGAAAUCAGAAAUCUAGAACUGUUAAAACUAAGAUUUGGUGAAUCUUUACUGCAUAAUUGCGAAGUUAUGCUUAAAGAUAUUGCCGAUUCGAAACGUAUCAAUGCUACCAUUCACAGUGAUUAUAAAUAUGUGCAGAAUAAAGAAUUUGAUAUAUCAUCGUUGAUAAUAUCAGCUCAAUUUUGGCCAUCCUUCAACAAAGAAAGUGUAGAAUUACCUGAAGAAAUAGCUAACGAAUUUCAAAAAUACACAAAAACCUAUGAAGAGUAUAAGGGUAAUCGCACUUUAAAUUGGCGCACUGUUACGGGCAAAGUUAACAUUUCUAUUGAACUGGGAGACAGGGUAUUGGAUAUGACUGUAGCACCCACACAGGCAGUUAUAUUAUAUCAUUUUCAAAAUAAAAAUGAAUGGUCAUUGGAUGAUUUAAGUUCUUUGGUUAAAAUACCACCAUCUGUGCUAAGAAGACGUAUGGCCUUUUGGCAAUCUCAUGGAAUUUUAGUUGAAUCUCAGCCUGGUAUUUUCAAAUUAAUCGAAGAAGAUUUGCCCAAAUCGCAAUUGGAGAAGUUGCCCAUAAAUGAAAUUAUAGCAGAAGACGAUGAUAAUGAAUCGGCCAUGGCAAGUGCCAGUGAUCAAAGAGAAGAGGAGUUACAAGUAUUUUGGUCCUAUAUCGUUGGUAUGCUCACCAAUUUGGACUCCUUGCCCAUAGAACGUAUACAUCAAAUGCUAAAACUAUUUGCCUCUAACGGCUUGGGCAUUGAAUUCACUCAAGACGAUCUUAAAGAUUUUCUACAGCGUAAAGUACGCGACCACAAGCUGAUAUAUUCUGGUGGUGUUUAUCAAUUAGCUAAAUGAUUUCCCUAACAACUUAAGCAAAUCACCACCACCAAUAGCAUUGUUUUGUUAAUGUAAUUUAAAUUUUAUAUGAUGAAAGAAAAUUAAAUAAUAAAUUCCAUGAAUUGGCACAUUUGAGAAAUGCGAAAACAAUAAAAUACGAAAUAACGAAAAGAAAACAACUGAAAA